AUGGGGUACUUCAGGUACCCGCACCUCCGGGGCGACGCGCUGGUGUUUGUGUCGGAGGGGAACGUGUGGUUUACGAAGAAGAGCGGCGGCGCCGCGGCUCGCAUCUCCGCCUCCUACUCGGUCGAGGCCUUGCCCAAGCUGAACGAGGACGGGACUUUAAUCGCGUUCCUCGCCGAGUCCAUCGACGGGUACGAGGUGUUCACCCUGCCCGUCGCGGGUGGGGUGGCUAAGCGCGUGAGCUACGGCAGCGCGGCGGUUCGGCUGGAGGGGUGGACGCGAGAGGGGAAGAUUCUCGUCGUCACCUCGUUCUUCUCCCCGACGGGUCUCGCGCAGCUCGCGGAGGUGGACCCCGACACGAGCGAGAUGACCGUGCUCCCCUUCGCGAGGGCGUCGGGCGGCACCCAGGACCAGGACGGCUGCUACGUCUUUUACCCUCUUCGCCAAACCUCCGCCACCAAACGGUACGAGGGCGGCGAGCAGUCGCGGCUGUGGCGCUGGUGCGACGGGGACGACGAGGCGACUCUGCUCACGCCCGAGUCGUGGAGCAAGCGCGGGGCGUGGUCGCCCGUCACCUCUCCGGAGUUCCCCGAUCAGAUCUUCUUCAUCUCCGACCACAGCGGCGUGGCAAACGCGUGGGUCAUGAACAAGGACGGAUCCGGUAAGCGGCAGUUGACCAACUCUUGCGACAUGGACGUCAUGGAGAUCACCAUCGACGGAAAGGACGGCAUCGCGCGCAUCGGCGGUGGUCUCCACAAGUUUAGACUCGACGCCGCCGAGCUCGGUAACGAGAAGGAGCUCGAGGGUGCGAUCCUCGUCGAGGCUCCCCACGAGAUUUCAAUCACGCUCACCAGCGAGUUCAGGGCAGCCGCCGAGCAGAAGAUCUUCGCGCCCCUCGAAGAACUCAGGGAGCUCGCGCUGUCCCAGGAUGGAUUCUACGCGGCGCUGGUCAUCCGCGGGCAGAUCUUCUUCACCCCGCUGCUCGAGCAGCUCGGCACCCGCAUCGAACAGGUGACCAAGCACGACGGCGCCGUUCGUUACCGCCACGUGCAGUUUGUCAAGUCGGACAGCGUGAGCGACAACAUGAAGAUCAUCGCCAUGUCCGACGCUUCGGGCGAGUACGAGUACGUCCUCCUCGAGCGCCAGAAGGGGGGCAAGAAGGGCGCGCCGUGGACCGAGACGCAACUGACGAAGGGUGGUAAGAUUCGCGGCGUGAUGUCCUACUCGGACGUCUCCCCCGAGGGCACCGCGCUCGUGUUUGACGACACCUACGGCAAGAUCUCGGUGCUGAACCUCACGUCCACCGCGGUGAACACGGCCAAGCCCGAGGCUGCGGGCGACUACUCGUGGUCCCCCGACGGCAAGUGGCUCGCCUUUUCCGCGUCGGACGCGUCUGAGUUUUCGUGCGUGCACGUCUGGAACGUCGAAACCGGGGAGACGCAGCGAUUGACGCACCCUUCGUACAACGCGGUGGAGCCCAAGUUUUCCCCCGACGGAUUCUUCCUGUACUACUUCAGCGAUCAGCAGAUCGAGUCCGAGGCUGGUUCGCCGUACGGGGCGCGCGGCGGCGAGCCGAGCUACCUGGGCACCCAGCAGCUCAUGUGCCUGCCCCUUCGCGAGGGUUUCAAGUGCCCGUUUUUCAAGGGUGACGAGCUCAACGUCGCGGGUCAGCUCUUCGACCCCGCGGUUGGUAAGCAGAUCGCCACCAAGAUCGCCAUGAACAACAUCGAGAAGCGCGCCGUCCCGGUGCCCUUCCUGGAGAAGAAGCAGUACUUUGGCCUCCACAUCAUCGGUCAGGGUAACACGUUCAUCAUGCAGAUGUGGGACGGCAUCGGGUUCUACCUCGUGGCCAUGGACAUCAUCACCGGCACGGUGCUGCCCAUCUACCCCGAUCCCAUCGGCGUCUACGUCAGCGGCGAUAACUCCGUGGUGAUGAUCGCCGUGGAGCAGGGCCUGGCGCUCUUCUCCAGCGAUGCCAUCGCCACCCCGGGCGUGGCGCAGGACCAGCUCCUGGCAUCCGCGGUUGUGUGGGCGCCGCCCGAGACGUGGACGGUGACCAUCAACCCCAGAGCCGAGUGGAUGCAGAUGUACAACGACGCCAUGCGCAACAUGAGGGACGCGUUCUACGAUCCCAACAUGCACGGCCUGGACUGGGAGGGCAUCACCGAGAUGUACCGACCGCUCGUGUACCGCGUCAGCACCAAGAGCGAACUCAGGGACGUCCUCCAGCAGGCGUUUGGCGAACUCUCCGUGCUGCACGUCUUUGUCUCCAUCCGGUCGGAGGCGGUCACGCUGCCCGUGGGCGAACCCAGCGCGUGCCUCGGAGGCAACCUACGAAAGACGGACCGCGGCUUGGAAGUCGUUCGCGUGUUCGACACGUCCGGCAUCCUCGGCGCGCCCGAUUCGCCCCUCUCCGCCAUGGCUGUCGACCUCAGGCCGGGUGACGUCAUCACCCGCGUGGACGGCGAACCCCUCAACGCCACCGGCGCGCUGGUCUCCAGGUCCUUACUCGGCAAAUCCGGCAUGCAGGUGCUGCUCGAGGUGGACAAGGUUGGCGGCAUCCAGAACGUCGUGGUGACUCCGCUGUCCCACUGGGAGUGCUCCACCCUGCGCGCGGCGGACGCGUUAAACGCCAGGAAGAACCACGUCACGUCCAGGUCCAACGGGGAUAUCUCUUACAUAUACCUCGAGGACAUGGAGCAGAUGGGCGAGGGUUCCUCCAACUCGUUUGACGAUUUCGCCGCGCAGUUUUACCCCGCCAUCCGUAAAGCUGGCUUGAUCAUCGACGUUCGACGCAACUCGGGCGGCAACAUCGACACCUGGAUCCUCGAACGCCUCCGCAGGGUGGCGUGGAUGUUCAACACCGAGCGUUCGGGUCCCGGUGACACCACCAUGCAGUACGCGUUCAUGGGUAAGGUUGCCGUGCUCGUGGACGAGAUGACGAGCUCGGAUGCCGAGAUUUUUGCCGCGGGUAUCCAACGCCUGGGACUCGGCAAGGUGAUCGGCAUGAGGUCGUGGGGCGGAGCCGUGGGUUACAGCAGCAACCCCGAACUGGCACUCGUGGACGGCAGCGGGUUCACAAUCCCCUCCUUCGGUCCCUACGCGGGCGAUCGAUGGAUGAUUGAGCAGCAGGGUGUGGUUCCCGACAUCGUCGUCGAGAACCCUCCCGUCGCGUCCUUCAACGGGCACGACGCGCAGCUCGACGCCGCCAUCGAUCACCUGCUCAAGGAAAUAACCGAAGUCAAGGGCGACGAGGUCAUCCCGGCCAAGCCCAAGUACCCCGACUGGUCGUUCGACCGCGAGGUGUGCAAGAGCGGCGGCGACGGGUCCAAGCGCAGCCGAGACGCGAGAGCUCUCGUCAUGGGCACGACGAAGGUCGACGCCGAGGAGGUUGUCGCGUAGGAGACGAUCGCGCGAGGCGCACGCGAGGGAGCGCCCGGACUGAGCGAGGUCCGGGCGAUGUUAUUGAUAGAUUAUUUCAUACGACGUAUUGUUAUCACCACCU